CUGUGAACACGUAACGUCAAAACAGGCUGUUCGCAACAGAGUAGGUACUUUGGUGUAUAGGUACAACGACUGAUCACUUCACAAAGUAUAUAUAUGUAUAAUGAAUUCACAGUUAAACAGGGUUUUUCCUAAUUUAUUGACCCUUUCAAAAUAAACUCAUAAAAAUGGAAGUGACGAGCGGCGCCGAGGAGGGCUUUGUAAGAGAAUGGACACCGUGCACACAUAUUUUGAACUUAAUUCCGCCUAGAAUUCAGACAGGAUUAUUUUCUAGCGAACUGUGUUUGACUUGUGUGGAUGCAGUGACCGAAUAUAUAGCCCUUGGUACUAAUGUUGGUCUGGUGUACUGGUACGAUAGGAAGAAGGGAAAUAUACAAAGACUACGCUGUGAGGCAUCAACGACUCCGAUAACAUUUGUAAAAAUAGUGAGUACUGUUGAUUACAUGGUGGGAGCUGGGAAUGCAGCGGGACAAGUGACAGUUUUUCAGAUUCCGAAGGAACAUCCAGAAAAUUUACCAGAUACGUUAAAACCAAAAGUAGAACCAAAGGUGGAGAGGUACACAAUAGGUGAUCUGCAUAAAAGUAAAAUAACAGCUAUAGAAUGGUCGAAGAACGGAAUGCGAUUGUUCUCGGGCGACAAGGAUGGUGUCAUUAUAAUGACAGAAAUCGACUUCUAUAUGCACCUGUGCAAGUCGAUGGAGAUAGUAAACGAGGGUCACGAGAUCGUCCAAAUGAGUUACUACCAGAACACGUUGCUGGUGUCGAGCGUCUACCGCAGCAUCAUGUGUGAGAGGGAUGAUGGGCGCUGGCGGGUUACACAGAUAGGCAAGAAAGAGAGAAAGAGCCUGUGCGCGCUGGGCGCCGUGUUCCAGCACUCGUACGCGCGCGGGGGCGCCGCGGCCGCGUACUGCGCGCGGCCCGGCCUGCGGCUGUGGCGCGCCGACACCGCGGGCCACGUGCACCAGACGCUGCUGUUCAAGGAGGCGAUAUCGAACCCACUGACAGUAGCGGAGCUGCUGAACCCCGCCGCCACCAGACAUUCGCACUCCACCCGUGAAUACAACUUCGGUCCGCUACACGUGUUCCGUGAGCACUUCCUCGUCUCCUACAAUGAGAGCUUCCUCUACGUGCUGGAUCCACGCUCCCUGACCGCUGUGGCUGUGGUCGAUGAUUUGAGACGCAUCCUGUCGGUGUCGGUGGGGCGCGCGGAGCUGUUCGUGCUGGAGGGCGCGCGCUCGCUGCUGCGCCUGGCGCCCGCGCCCGAGCCCGCCGCGCAGGCGCCAGAGGAACCGAUCAACCUGAUGAGCAAGUCGCUCACGAGCUCGUUGCAGCAGGCCGUCAACACUGUACGGGAUCUAUCGCGAAUCGACACCACCGUGCCCUACAUCGCCAGCGUCCUCGAACAACCUAUCUCCAUGUUCACUCGUAACGAGACCCUGGACAACACUGUCGUCACAGCUGGUGAAGAAUGCUUCGAACUUCCUCCUAUCAGGCACUUGCCUCCAGAUAUCUCGGGAAACGUGCUCGAGUCCAUCAUCAAUGAAUUCCGAGAUGUAUCUGGUGAUGCCGAGGAGAUCAGACGAGUUCGUUCCGAGGAGUUACAGCGGAAACUAAAGCUGUAUGACAGCAUCAUGGAGAGAAAAAGUGAUGAGCUCAUUCACAGUAGUAGGCGUGCGCGUCGCCCGGGCUCCAGCAGCCCUCCCCCCCGCCCCACCACACCCGCCACCCCGGCGAAACGAUCGGACGUCAGCUACACCAGUCCCACCCUCAUGAAUAUGUCCGUGUAUGGAGACUUGCCGCAACAAAGUGACGAUCUUCUAGAACAGCAGAUAGAAGAAAAAGAAAAGAUUCUGGCAAAGAUGUUAAACUUAGAGUCCCUAAGCAUAAAAAAAAAACCGUACAAACAAGAUUUUGAAAAACCUGAACAACCUCCGAUAGAGUUCAAAACGCAACCGAAAAAACCGGUAACAGAAAAACCGGUGCUAAAAACCGAUAAAAUAGUACAAAAGAAGAUCGAACCCGGUGACUUAGUUCCUAAAGUUGUUAAACUACCAAAUACUUGGAAUUUAGAAUAUAUCGAAUUGAAAUUAGAUGUAAAAAAUGGUAUAAAAGAUCCGACAAGUCUCAUAUCACCUGAUGAAAAUUUAGACAGUGAGUGGGAGGUCAUAUGAUAGAUUUAAUUUAUUUAUUAAGGUUCUGACACGAGUUGCUUGAACACACUUUAAAAAGUAUAACAUUUUAAUAG